AUGCAGCCAUAAUUCCUGAUGCCUCCACUGGCAAUUCGUAUAGGUCGUUCGAUUGUGUACAGCGGCUUCGGAGAUCUAAUCUAAUCUGGCGAUGCCACGCGAGAUGUCGGACGACCCCCGUGAGAGUUGGUCAUUCCAACUCCGCAGACCCCGUUUUCUUGCCUGGACCUUCUCUGACUGGCCUGAGGGAAGUUCAAUUCCGGAUCAGAUAAUGGAUGCCAAGGGCGCCAAGCGGAGCCAAGACCGUCCGCUGAAGGCAAAACGAAGCAUCCGUCGGAAGCAGCGUGGGGGUGCACAAUCAAUCUGCUUCCGAUCCGGCACCGAACAUUUUCCGUCCCAUUUGUGUGUCAUAAAGGUAUCCUUGUGUCUUUCUUGUGACUGUGACCAUAGUUGACACCGCGACAACAUGACUCAAUGGACCUUUGCCCGAUCCGAUAACGGCGGAGUCCCGAAUGUGGCAGCAUGGACUGUUUCCAACGCACAGGGAUCAUCUUAUCAGAUCCAGCUUGCGUGGCCGCUGAGCUGGAACACUUUACAGGUCUUGGCCAAGGUCAAUCUUGUUUACCUUGUUGACGGAAACGCCGUCUUCGGAACUGCAUUGGAUGCUGUUCGUCGCCAUCGGCCUGUUUCACCCGAUGAGCCGGGGACUAUCGUCGUCGCGAUUGGCUAUCCCUUGACCGACAGGGUUUAUGAUCCUCGCCGUACGGUGGACUUGACUCCACCGUGCGAGAGUUAUGUUCCCCCAAAAGGGCCCAAUGGCGAGCCCCGUCCUGAACCACAUGGCGGGGCGGACCAAUUUCUGUCCUUCAUCAAGAGGAUUGUUGAGCCAUUCAUAUUGUCUUCGGUUUUUCCUUCCGUCACACCCGUCAAGACUGCCCUGUUCGGCCAUUCGUACGGGGGCUUGUUCGCGUUGCAUGUCCUGUUCACGCGACCGGAGAGUUUUGACACUUUCUUAGUGGCGAGUCCGUCAAUCUGGUGGAAUGACCGGUUCAUAUUGACGGAAGAGGACCAACUCUAUGAUAGCCCUGCAUUUCGAUCUCUCCCCAGGGUGCGCCUCUCUUAUGGAUCUCAGGAACAGUUUCCGGCCCGUCGUCGAGGAGAAUCGCAGGAUGUGUACGAAAGACGGAAGAAAGGUGCUGCCCAGCGUCGUAUGACAGACAACUGCGAUGAGCUGUACCAACGACUGACCUGUAGUGGCCGGGUGAUGUGUGAGAAGAGGGCAUAUGUCGACGAAGAUCAUGGAAGUGUCAUUGCACCUGCGUUGAGUGGGGGGAUUUUGUUCUUUUUGGAUUCAGUUCCAAUGGGACCUUGAUACCACCUGAGCCAAUUUGGUCCAUUUUGAGGAAAAGAGAGUUGAUCUGGUUGUUGUGGUUUUGGCGAGAGAGAGAGAGCUCUGGGAACUCAUCGUAUAAGUCCGAUAUAUAUCCCCAACAGAAUCUUCUGCACACGGCCCACAAAAGCCACCAUGUCCCUACUCGGACUAUCUACCAUCCUCACAGUUCCCAUAUUUGUCCUGUAUACAUAUCUCUCUAUAUGGCACGGACGGAACUCCGCCCGUCGGCGGGGUCAUUUAUCGCUACCUUA